AUGAACAAUUUCGAAAAAGGAAAGGAACUAGAAGACAAAACUGCCGAUAGAUUGGAUGCUGUAGGCGUCAAAAAUAAUAAAAAUUGGGGAAUCGAAAGCUCUUCGUGGCCAUGGUUUCAACCUGGGCCUGGAGAUGGUGGGAUCGAUAUCUCUGGAGAGGCUGCAAGUCACAAAUUUGCAAUCCAAUGCAAGAAUUGGGCAAAUAUCGUAUCGAAAGUACAUGUAUUAUCGAAAAAUGAAACGCAAUUAAUCGACCUUGAAACUCAAUUAGGUCGUAAUAUUGUGAACGAGCUUGCAAGGGUGCUCUCCAAACGUGAAAAUUGUGGUAAUAUUGGAAUUAAUGAUAAAUGGCUACCGGGAUUCGAGUAUUUAUACGAUUUUGAAUAUAGAAUUGGGGAGCACAAAGGAGAUUUGAUUUUUGCAGACAAUAAUGAUUCUCGUAGCGGUUGA